AUGGGAAGACUUAUUAAGAACCACUGGGCGAGGCUCAUCAUCCUCACUGCCGGAGCUUACCAGAUCGCUGCGGCAAUCGAGGCAUUUUUCUGGCCCAAGAUUUUCUGGGACUUCGCCACCAAGACCCUGGAUGCGGCCGUGAAGCCCUUUCCGACGCUCCAGAUUAUCAAUCUAGUGAUGGGGAUAUGGGUGAUGGCAUGGGAAUGGCCACUAUCGUUCAUCGCCGGCACGGCAAUCCACCGAAGCUUGGAGGCUCGCCUAGCUUUCCUGCCCCUUGCAGCACUUGCCGCCGUCUUGACGUACCAAGGGACAAACGCCGCCUUGUACUAUCUGGUCGCCAUGGUCGUUGAAUUCUGGGCAUUUUCUGAGGGCGAGGUUAUAUGUGCCAAGCCAUGGACACUACCAAAACGAGGCGGUGGAGCUCAAUCGGCGUAG